AUGGUUUUGUUUUCCAUUUUGUUUUCUUUUCUAAUUUUUCUUAAUUUCUUUUUAUCUUUUUUUUUUUUACCCCUUUUUAUUAUUUCUUUUUUAUUUUUUCUCUCUUUUUUUCUUUCUCUUUCUUUACUAUUAUUUGGUUAUGACUUCUUUCUUCUUACCUCUGUGAUUAUUUUCUUAAUUUCUCUCCCUUUCAUUUGCCCUUUUUACUUUUUAUCCUUCAUUCUUUUUUCUUUAUUUCUUCUUCUUUUUCUUUUCUCACCAUUUCUUUCUUCCUCUUCUUUUUUUUUUAUUAGUGUCACUGACUUCAUUUCCACUUUUAUCUUUUUAUUUGUUGCUCAGUUUUUUCCCAUUCUUUUCUACUCUUUCUUCUGCAUCUUCCAUCCUUAUGUUUUUUCUUUGUCUUCUUCUUUUUGUGUUUUCAUUCAUUUUUAUAUUUCAUCCUUUUCAUUACUCCAUAUUAUACAUUUAUCUUUUCUUCUCUUACUCAUUCUGUUUACCUUUCUUUUUUUUAUUGUUUUUCUUUCAUUUGCUGGAUUUUUCUUCUUUUUUUUCCUUUGCUAUUUUUCUUUUCUAUCUGUUUGUACUAAUCUAUUUUUGUCUGUUCAUAUCUAUCUCUCUACCUGUAUGUAUUCUCUUUUCUUAGCAUUAUUUGUCUGCUACUUCUUUCUUCUUGUCUUCCUUAUUCUUUGCUUUCUUUUGAAUUUGCUUUUUUUUCUCUUCUUUCUUCAUUUUAUAUUUCAUUCAAUAAUCAUUUUUUCUUUCUCUUCAUUUUCUCUCAGUAUUCUUUAG